CCAUAAUGCAAUGCUUAGAAUGUAAAAGAAACCUUAGGCACCAAACCACAAUCCAUACAAAAAUGGAUGAGAUUAAAAAACCACAUAACCAAAUUGAGCUUGUUAUCGAUUCUUCCAUCAUCACUACCAAUACUCAAACAGCUGCACCAGCUUGUCAGCAAGAACUUUCAUUCAUUAACAAAAAACACUACUCAUCUUCGUCCUCAAUCCUAACUAGAAUCCAUGCCGGUUAUUUUAGAAUAAGUCUCUCUUUUUGCACUCAAGCCUUACUAUGGAAAACAUUUGGUGAUCAACCAAAUGAUCAAGAUCCACAGAUGUUUCACGGGUUAUUACAUGCGUUUCCUAGAGCAGCUUUUGUCCUUCUUUGGUGUCUGGCUUUAACCACACUAUUAUCUCUAUCAUUUCUCUACAUAUUAAAAUGUUUUUAUCACUUUAAAAUGGUGAAAUCUGAAUACUGUCACCAUGUAGGAGUGAACUACUUAUUUGCUCCAUGGACUUCUUGGCUUCUCUUACUUCAAACUUCACCAUUCUUAGCUCCAAAAACUAUUUACUUCGCAGCGCUUUGGUGGAUAUUCAUAUUGCCAGUUGUAGUUCUUGACCUGAAAAUAUAUGGGCAGUGGUUUACGAAAGGAAAAAGGUUUCUAUCAGCAGUGGCAAAUCCGACUAGUCAGUUAACAGUUAUUGGAAAUUUAGUUGGUGCUAGAGUAGCAGCUGAAAUGGGAUGGAAAGAGAGUGCAAUUUGUAUGUUUUCAUUGGGAAUGGCUCAUUAUCUUGUCUUAUUUGUUACAUUAUAUCAAAGAUUAGGUGGAAAGGAUCGAUUACCAGUUAUGUUAAACCCUGUUUACUUCUUGUUCUUCGCGACACCAAGCAUGGCAAGUUUAGCUUGGUAUUCGAUCACUGGAACAUUCGAUCCGAUGUCUAAGAUGCUUUUCUUUCUCUCUCUUUUCCUCUUUGCGUCACUGGUUUCAAGGCCUAAUUUGUUCAAGAAAUCAAUGAGAAGGUUCAAUAUUGUGUGGUGGGCUUAUUCAUUUCCAUUGACAAUGCUUGCAUUGGCUUCGAUUAAAUAUUCCAGAGAAGUGAAGAGUAGUGUAAGCCAUGGUUUGAUGCUCGUGCUAUCCGCAACAUCUUUUGCAGUAUUCUUGGGAUUGUUCGUUUAUUCGGCACUUAACAUUCAUCAUGUAAUUUUUAACUUCUUACCCAAAAGACCUCAUGCUGAUCCAACUAAUAUGAACCCUAUUACAGAUUCUACUAAGGUAUGACCAGCAGUUUUGCCGUGAUGAUCCAGCGGUUUCGCUUUAAGUUGAUGUUAUGGUGUUUUUUCUCUCUAACCAACAGUGAAGUAAAAUUAUGCGAGUGGCAUGCAGAACUUGUUAGUACAAUGGUCGAUACAUGCCAAUUUACAUGAACCCUUUGGUCUAUGUAACAUAUAUAUAAAAUUCCUCCCCUUCUUACAAA